AGAAAAAUCCAGAAGGGCUGCAUAACCGAGAAGGAUGUCUGGUGCAAGGCUGCUGCUGUUCAUACAGAGCCUUACUCGCAGGAAGCCUCUCGAGCCUGAGGGGGAGGUUUCCAACUUCAAACGAUGCCUGACCACCUUGGACCUGGUGGCCCUGGGCGUUGGCAGCACACUGGGCGCAGGCGUCUACGUGCUGUCAGGAGAGGUGGCCAGGGCGGUGGCCGGGCCCAGCAUCAUCCUCUCCUUCCUCGUGGCAGCGAUAGCCUCUGUCUUUGCGGGGUUGUGCUAUGCCGAGUUUGGCGCUCGCGUCCCUAAGACUGGCUCUGCCUACCUCUACAGCUACGUGACGGUGGGAGAGGUGUGGGCUUUCAUUACUGGUUGGAACCUACUACUGUCCUAUGUCAUAGGUACCUCAAGUGUCGCCAGAGCAUGGAGUGGAACCUUCGAUGACCUCAUUGGAAAUGUCAUUGCGAACUAUUUGGGCAAACAUGCAGCUAUGGACUUACCUGGUCUGGCUCCCUACCCAGACUUCUUUGCUGCUGGUCUCAUAAUGUUGUUAGCAGGAAUCCUUGCAUUUGGAGUGAAAGAAUCAGCUAUUGUAAAUAAGGUUUUCACUGCAAUCAACACAGUGGUGUUGGUUUUCGUUAUAAUCUCUGGUUUCAUAAAAGGGGAUUCAGACAACUGGUACAUUAGUGAAGAAACUAUCCUGAAUGGAACAAUGUAUGCAGAGAACCAUACAUCUAUACUGAAUGAAACCACAAACUAUGGCGUUGGUGGAUUCUUCCCUUUUGGCUUUGAGGGAACACUAGCAGGAGCCGCCACCUGCUUCUAUGCUUUUGUCGGAUUUGACUGCAUUGCCACAACAGGGGAAGAGGUGAAGAACCCUCAAAAAUCGAUACCUCUGGGAAUCGUGGCUUCGCUGCUCAUCUGCUUCCUGGCUUACUUUGGCGUGUCAGCAGCCUUGACCCUCAUGAUGCCUUAUUACAUGCUCAGUGUCAAUAGCCCGUUACCUGUGGCCUUUACAUACAUUGGCUGGGGCCCGGCAAAGUAUGCUGUGGCUGUGGGCUCACUCUGUGCUCUUUCAACAAGUCUUCUAGGAUCCAUGUUCCCCAUGCCACGGGUCCUUUUUGCCAUGGCCAGAGAUGGGCUGCUCUUCAAACCUCUCAGUAAUAUGAGUGACAGACAGAGUCCGGUCAUAGCCACGCUAUCCUCCGGCGCUGUGGCAGCUAUUAUGGCUCUAUUAUUUGACCUAAAGGCACUGGUGGACAUGAUGUCAAUUGGAACUCUAUUUGCCUACACUUUGGUCGCAAUAUGUAUUCUAAUACUCAGGUAUCGAGCUGAUGAAGGUGACGAUGCAAGUUACGACGACAGACCGGAAUCUUUUUCACUAACAGGACUCCUGAGUCCUCCAUCUCAUCCCACUGCUCGAACAUCUACAAAUGUGUCCACGUUCACCGUCUUUAUUAUCUUUUUAGCUAUUUUCUUGAGUGUGAUCAUGACCAAGGCUACUGAUUCCCUGCUGAGCCAGGAGUGGUGGAGCCUUCUGUGUGUCUCUGUGAUCCUGUUACUAGUGGCCCUCACUGUCAUCGUCAUCUGGAGACAUCCGCAGAGUACAGCUAAGGCUGCCUUCAUGGUUCCUUUCCUACCCAUACUGCCUAUUUUGAGUACUCUUAUCAACAUUUACCUCAUGGUUCAACUAGGAGCCGACACUUGGAUUCGCUAUGCCGUUUGGAUGGCAGUUGGGUUACUCAUCUAUUUCUGCUAUGGAGUUCAUCACAGUGUGCAGAAGCAAAGGCUACAAAACGCACACAACCAAAUCAACAUACAAAACAUGCAAAAUACAAAUAUGGACCGCAACUUUGUGACUGAGGAUUACUGUGGCCCUGAAAACUGACACACCAUUUGAAUGGAAAUGAAACGGGCCUACACAUUCAUGGAUUCUGUACUAAGUACAUUUAUAUUAUAU